UCCCGAAUAAACCUUUGUAUUCAUUGAUCCAGUGACUCCAGUCCCAGAGCCCGUAGAAAUACAUUUGCCAAAGCAUAUUAAUAUCGAUGACCGCGUCACCUCAGGCUUACUUGGGAUACGCUUUUCCGAUCAUGGCUACUUCGUCCUCAACUCCGCCUCCUGGUACCUCGUCUAGUAAGGUCCCGCCGAAACCGAAACCGGUCAACGUAUUCUCAAACGAUGGGUCCUUUUUGGAAAGAUUCCAGAGGAGCAAGAAGGAAGAGGAGGAUAAACGGAAAGCUGAGGAGGCACUCGCUAGAAAGAGGCAAUUUGAUGACAGAUUUAGAAAACGGGGCAAGCGUCCUCAACCUGAUAGUUCUUCUACAGUCACCCAAGGAAAGCCUGCAAAGAAAGUCAAGGUCGAUGGUGCCUCCUCAUGAUACACUCAACAAUAAUGGAUUCUCUUGCCAAAGUAUUGUCACGGUUUUAUUAAUUCAAUAAAUCGACGUUUGACUGCCCCAAUACCAACCAGGUAUCACUACGCCUCCAUGAUAUCUUUAUA